AUGUUUGGCGUGUCAGAUGUGGGCGGGCUGAGAGUGCAAAUGUCUCGCCCAGUGGGAGGAUCAGCUCCGUGUGAUGUGCUUCAUGGGAAAAACUGCAGUAACACCACAGACAGACUUUACACACUGUGCACAGGGCCAGAUCAGCUGGACUCUUCAACACCACGGACUAGAGUGCAUCUCAAUCUGUUGACUGUGCUGUAUGAGUCAGAGAGGAGUGGAGCGUCAUGUCAGAGCCGUUCAACUGUGACAGCUGUAAGGAGUCUCUGUAUGGCAGGAAAUACAUCCAGGUGGACGACGUUCCCCGCUGCGUCCCCUGUUACGACCGCCUGUACGCAAACACCUGCCAGGAGUGCAAAGAGCUCAUCGAACACAACUCACGGGAGCUGUAUUAUGAGGACAGGCAUUAUCACGAACACUGUUUCCGCUGCUCGCGCUGCAGCUGUUCGCUGGCGGACGAGCCGUUCACCUAUCAGGAAGACGCCCUGGUGUGUAACAACUGUUACUGCAAUGAGUUUUCAUCUAAAUGUGUGGCCUGUGGGAAGACUGUGAUGCCAGGCUCCAAGCAGCUGGAGUACGGAGGCUGCGUGUGGCACGAGGAAUGCUUUGUUUGCUGUGGUUGUGAGCAGCCCAUUGGCGCCCAGUCGUUCAUCCCAGAUAAGAGCAAGUACUACUGCGUGCCCUGUUACGAGGGACGAUUCUCCCCACGCUGCGCCCACUGCAAACAGAUCUUGGUUCAGGGUGGUGUUACAUAUAGAGACGAGCCCUGGCAUAAAGAAUGUUUCUUGUGUACGGGUUGUAAAGUGCAGCUCGCCGGACAGCCUUUCACAACGCAGGGUGAAGAUCCAUAUUGUGUGAAGUGCUUCAGCAACCUGUACGCCCAAAAAUGCUCCGCCUGCGACAAACCCAUCACAGGUUUUGGAGAAGGGAAGUACAUCUCGUUUGAGGAGCGUCAGUGGCAUCAGCCGUGUUUUAAGUGCUCUGAGUGCUCGGUGUCUCUGGUUGGAGCAGGAUUCUUCCCCGACGGAACAAAGAUUCUCUGCAAAAGCUGCAAUGCCAAAUAACCCACAAAUGCUUCUUUUAAAUGUUCUAAAGCUGAUUGUGAACAGACCUUUGUGUAAUAUAAAUACAAUAUGAAACAUUUGACAUCAUUUAAACAUUGAAUGUAUAAUGUACAUUAAAGUUUUGGUGUUGCAUUCUCCCAAAUCUGGAUGUUAAGGAUCUCUAAACUAGAAGGACAUGUUUGAUCAGGUUGAAGCAUUUUAUGGUUUAAAUUAUGAACUCAAAUCAUUUGAACCAAACAAGCGUGCAUGCCAAAGGCUCAGAUUCCUGAGAUGUUGUUUUUGUCAUUAGUCUUUUGAAUUUACAUUUGAGUAAUUUCCAUCUGUUUGCAUAAACGUCAGGCCUUUUAAAUUCCCUCCAACAGCAACAUUCCUCAACAAAAUUUACAUUUGAAUGAAACACUGACCCAAAUGAUUGUUAAUAUGUGAAUGCAUGCAUUCAACGAGACUUUAAGCUUAAGGACUGAAUCAUGUAAUGAUGCAUAUUGACAGAAUAUGUUGUUGGAUAAACAGUGAAUUAUUUUAAUGCACCAAUGCAUGCUUUUAAUAAUUCUCACAUGAAAUAUUCACAUAUUAAUUCCUAUAUAUGUUGCUUUCAAAAUAAUAUUUUUGAUGAUUUUUACAGACGUUUGAUGCAUUUUUGCACAUGAAUGCCUUUUGUAAAACUGCUCCUGCGGUUGUAUUUCCUUUCAUAAAAAUGUGUGUAACGUAUAUAUGAGAACUUUCAAAUA